CUCUAACCAUAGCCCUAAGGUAGUGAUCUUGGAAUAACAUGCCACUAAAACCGGAGGAGGAGGCAGAGUUAAGAUACACAUACGACGCGUUGAUAACAUUGCUAUCAGACGACAGCGCCUUCGACGCCGUGCUGCAUGCCGUGUUUACGAACAUUGACUCAAAGCGAGAUGGGACCCUAGACCACAAAGAGCUUCAGCGCUACAUAGCGGAGACAUGUGAAGAAAUGGGCUUGGAAGCCCCGCACCGCUCGCAGUGCCGAGGGAUCUUCAGACAAUUGGACCUCAACGACGACAACGCCAUCAGCACGGAGGAGUUGGGCGUCUUCUUGCGCCACUUCUUCCAGGAGCAGGUGGCCAUCUGUGCGCUCAAGCUGCGACCCCCUCGGAGACCCUGAGCGGCCCCUGCACGGUGGUGGUGCCGUCCCUGGUGCGGUGGUGCCGUCCCACAACACCGGGGGGCUUGGUGCGGAAGCAGCAGCGAGAGCUUAGCGGUGGUGGCUUUGCACAGCAGCUUGGCGACCCAGCCUGGGACAUUGUAGCGUCAGCGGUGCAGUGAAGGGUGUACAUCAGGCGUUGUUUCGCCGUCACGGUAUGUCGUAUGUGACGUGCGGUUUGAGCCAAGGCAGUGGCCAUGGGAAACGGGCCAUACCUGUGGAAGAGGUGGAUCAGGUGUGUUGUGAAUGGGCUGCCCCGCCACUGUUGGAUGUCCCCUAGUGCAGACGCAUGGGGACGUAGAGCUUGUGGCCUAUGUGAACGCACACGACGGCACAUGGUGUAAGGCAUUCUGUUUGUGUGGGGUGGAUCGGAGCGAGAGCUUACCCCGAUGGUUCCCUGAUGAUUUACAUUACCAGCUCAGCCAACCAGCUGGCCUACAUGUGACUAGAACGUCGUCUGCCGGGUUCAGGUCAUGGGUGUAGUAGGUGUUGUGUCUUGGGGUUGGGAAGGGUUAAAGGAUAUGGUCACGCGACCAAGUUAGGACUGGAUGUCGCGACUUGGAUACAGGCAUGUAGCACUUGUGUGGCGUUCGCGCGCUUUGCUGACGCCUCUCCUGCAGGUAACGUGCGGGUGGGCCCAGGCCCUUUGUAAGAGCCCGUUCAUACG